GCAGAGGGUGAUUCAGGCAGAUGUGUUUUAGCUAAUGCUGUCUGAGAGCAGCUGGGCAGGGCAGGGCUAAUAGAUGUGCAAUAACCCAAUGACAUCAUCCAGAGAGAGAGAGAGAGAGAGAGAGAGAGAGAGAGAUAGAGAGAGUGGGUGCAUACGAGCCAGCCAGCCAAAGGCAGCGAACAGGAGCAGGCCAGCUCACAUGCAGAGGACAGCGGCAUGAGAGUGGGAGAGCGUGUGUGUGUGUGUGUGUGAAUGGGAGAGGACCGGACAGCAUUCAGUCAACAUUGACAGGGAUAUAGGACUCUGCCCAGAAGAUUUUUCCCCCAGUUUUCUCCCCUUUUCCAUUACACCUCUCCCCCUCCCCUUUCCCUUUUCCCUUCAUCCUCCAUCAGUUAUCCCCCCUCUCAGCCCUUGCUUCAGGCGGCUCCUCCGGGCAUGCUCCUUAAGCCAAAGUAUGGCCGCUUUCGCAACGACUCUGUGACCUCCUCCGACGACCUGAUGCAGAGCUUAGCCAUGAGCGGCAAAGUGGUGGCCACGCCGGUGGUCCCCUCCUCCACCCCCAGCCUGCCUCUGCCUCCCCUGCCUCCUCUGGAUCCCAGCACCAGGUCCUCCUCCUCUGCCGGGGCUGCAGCUCUGGCUGAUUCCCCCUGCCUGGAUGGGGAGCAGGAUGCCACCACCACCUUCUGCAUGCUCAUCCCCAAGAUGCCCCAGUGGAAGUUCUCCAAUUCCCUGCUCAGCCGGAGCCCCUCCAGCUCCAGCUCCAGCUCCAGCUCUAGCAAGGACUCGGGAAAGGCAGCAGCAGCUCCCUCCCAGGCCUCUGUGUCCUCCUCCUCAUCAUCACAUGGGCCUGGCAGUGCAGCCUCAGCCAGUGGCCCCGUGGCCAGUCUAGCUGCGGUGCUCAACUCCUGUGACCCUGUGUGUGUCACCCCCUGUUCCCUACAGGCCAUCCGAGGGCAGAGAGCAGCUGCAGCAGCCAGCUCAGCAGGUCCAGGGGGCCACGGAUUUGGGGCCAUGGAGGCCACAGGGAGCCCUGGGGGCUCCAGCAGCUCCAGGUCAGGAAUGAGCCGUAGGACAAGGGUGGAAGGCAUGUGGUUGGGGGCAGAUGACUUCAGUCAGAAGGGCAGCUUCAUCCAUAAGCCGUCCCAAGGCUGGUUGCACCCCGACAAGAAGAUUGCAGGACCAGGAGCAUCCUAUAUUGUCAGAUACAUGGGCUGCAUUGAGGUGCUGAAAUCAAUGCGAUCCCUGGACUUCAACACACGGACUCAGGUGACAAGGGAAGCCAUCAACAGGCUGUGUGAAGCUGUGCCUGGUGGAAAGGGGGCUUGGAGGAAAAAGGCCCUGAACAAAGCUCUUCAGUCCAUCAUGGGAAAGAGUAACCUGCGCUUUGCUGGAAUGAGUAUUGCCGUCAAUAUCUCCAUAGAGGGCCUCAGUUUGCUCAUCCCAACCACAAGACAGGUGAUAGCACACCAUCCCAUGCAGUCCAUCUCAUUUGCCUCUGGAGGAGACACAGAUACACCCGACUAUGUUGCAUAUGUGGCCAAAGACCCAGUUAAUCAGAGAGCAUGUCAUAUCCUGGAGUGCUCGGACGGUUUAGCCCAGAGUGUCAUCAGUACCAUCGGCCAGGCCUUUGAGCUGCAGUUCAAACAGUACCUCCACAGCCCUCCCAAAACCAUGGCGUCUAUGGAGAGAAAUAUCAGAACAGAGGAGCCAAUGUGGGGGGAGGAUGAGGACUCCUCUGAGCACGACUACUACAACAGUAUACCAGGGAAGGAGCCUCCUGUUGGAGGAGUGGUGGACUCCAGGAUCCGACCUACUGGAGCCCUGCUGGGUCACAUGCACAGCCAACUGCAGAGCAAGGCGGCGGCACAGAUGGGUUCACCAGCAAAGAGAGAGCCAGUAUCCUAUCCCUCUGGUCAGCUGUGCUAUGAACUUCACUGGGACACAGAGGCCCCCAGCAGCUCAGGUCUGACGUCAGAUGGUUACCUGCGUGCCGAUGGCCAACCACCAAGUAGCAGGGACUAUGAGGAGCAUCUGUAUGUUAACACCCAGAGUCUGGACAGCAUGGAUUCACUGGCCAAAGGACCAGAUGGACACAGAGGGAGCAAGGGACCCGACAGUCCCAAAAAAGAUAUAUUUGACAUGAGGCCCUUUGAAGAUGCUCUGAAGCUGCACGAGGCCAGUGGAGGAGCUGUGGGGUCUAGUGGAUCCUCUUUAGCUGGAGGAUGUGGUGUUCUGGGUGGAGGUGGAGGUGUGGUGAUCCUGGAGGACCAGUGGCCCAGCCCUCCGCGCCGUCGUGCCCCCGUGGCCCCCACCGAGGAGCAGCUCCGCAGGGAGGCCUGGUACCAUGGCCGCAUGAGCCGGCGUGAUGCGGAGAAACUUCUAGUCCGAGAUGGAGAUUUCCUGGUCCGGGAGAGCACCACUAACCCAGGACAGUAUGUCCUAACUGGGAUGCACUGCGGCCUGCCCAAACACCUGCUGCUGGUGGACCCUGAGGGUGUGGUCCGAACCAAAGACAUGUUAUUUGAGAGCAUAAGUCACCUUAUCUCAUACCACCUGAAGAACGAGCUGCCUAUUGUAGCAGCAGAGAGCGAGCUCCACCUCAAACAGGUGGUCAGGAGGAAACAGUGACCCACCCAUCCAGCCCUGCAUGGUGGCAGACCCAGAGGUGAAUUCCCAUGUGCCCAUGCAAACCCCAGAGAAGACUGCAUCUGUGAACCAUUUAACCCAGUUGGAUCUUUGUCUGGGACUAAGGGACAUCAUUGAUACCCUCCACCCAUGGACAUAGCAACCAGGGCUACUCUCUCUGUUGGCUACCAGGCUCAAUCAAACUGUCAAACUCAUCUGUCAAACUCUUCAGCAUGCAGUCAUUAAGCUAACAAACCUUUGUCUCUCAACCAGAGUCCACAGUUUGACUAAUCCCAGAGCUGGAAAACCAUCAGCUGAUAUCAGGCAUGAACGAGACAAGUGUUUGGUCAGAAGCCAUCAUCAGUCAAUCACACAGGGAUUUGAUGCACAGUGGAGAAACGUUGUAUAAUGCGCUUCCAGUCUACUUCUGCUCUCCUGACAGAUCAGUCAUGCAGAGCAGUGAACUUGGUCCUGAGUGAUUCACUGAAAAAAAUCUGGGACAUUACCAGAACAAAUCUCUCACUGACUAUCUGGUGCACACAUGAAACAUAAGAGAUGUCAGGUUCAAUAUUCAUCAGUUCAUCUCAGUGGAAAUGCAAGAAAUGUGGUCGUAUUUUACUAUGGCUAUAGAAAUGUCUGUUUCCCAGGAAUGUAAAGACUGUUACACGCUCACAGGUAUGCAGUACCUCACUCUGAGAUGGCACAACAGAUACACGCUGAACAUGAUGCAGUGCUAGGUUUAUUACCUGUUACCUUAGCCAUAGCCUUUUUGAUUUCUCCAUAAUAAUCUCAGGACCAAACUCUGCAGUGUUUUAAAUCAUGCGUUUAUGGAAUUUGUGUUGAAACCAGUCAUUACAGAGACCAUCUCAUGUGAUAUCACUCAUCGACAGUAUAGUCAUCUCAUACUAUAUCUACACGUAGACAGUUCAUUGGAUGUACAUAGGCUUGAAUGUGGGCAGUUUGAUCACAUAUACCAACAAUAACAUUGAUUUGCGUUGUGUUUGUAUGGGCUGAUCUAAACUUGGUAGACGCCUGUAUGUGUUAUGUAAGCCUAUGGAGAUCAUUGGUCAGUGAGAGACUGUGCUCUGUGGUCAAAUGAAUACUGCAUCCUCUGUUAAGAACAACUACCUUGCAUCCACACUCAGUAUAUCCACAUCUGUAUUUCCCCAGCCCCUCAAAGUUCAGUGCCUUAAAAACUACAGAGCUAGGCAUUUCUGUCUGCUUUUACCAUUGGGGAGAAGAGCAAUGUAUAUAAUGUGUAUUUAUGCUCCUAUUGCAAAAGACUAGUUUUCUUGCCAUGCCAGUGAAUGAAUGAACAAACUUGAGGAUGAUUAAGCUCUUAUAAUUGUGAACGAUGAUGCAAGCUGCUCUUGUUUUGGAGUGAAACAUGUUUAAAUACUGUCUUGUUCUGUCUUGAUUGUUAUUGUCUUUAUGUGGGAUAAGUGAUAAUCAAGCCCUUCAGCGACUGUUAAUUUUUUUCUUAGUAUUAAGCCAUAGCACUCCUGUUGGUGGUAAAUCUGAAAGACUGAACAUCUGGACUUAGAAUCAAAUCCUUUAUGUGUCCCGACUCAGGGAAAUCCAUAACUGUUUCCCUGUCCCAUAUCUUGAGUCCAUGCAUGUUGAUCAGGGUUUCUGCUCCAAAGCCGCAUUGAGAAGAUUCUGUCUCUUUUUGGCCAACUUCAAAAUUUAAAAUCUUACUGGAGUUGGGUCAUGAGGGUUUCGCGCUCAUCUCCAUUUCAACUGGCAACAUAUCCAACACGUCAGGUCCUCUACAGGUCUUUGCUGCACACCUGCCAAGGCACAGAGUAGGAGGGAGAGCGGGGCAACAAGGCUUAAGGUGAAGUCAAAACUAUUAAUGCAACUUUUUUCAAAUUACCCCAUUUUGCU